UCAGCUGACUUGUCACAUAGCAGCAGGCAGGCAGGCAGGCACUGUAAUGUGUGUUGGGUGUCAGCCCCCGGCUACGCAUUGAAUUCAUGGCAGCCAAAAUGGAGCUAGCACCACUCAGACCGUGGGAUGAUUUCUUCCCCGGGACGGACCGCUUCGCCAAACCAGAGUUCGGAGACCUUACAAAGUGGAACAACAGAAUAAUCAGCAAUUUAAUGUACUACCAGACGAACUACUUCGCGUUGGCCUUGGUGGUGUUCCUCAUCGUUGGGUUUGUGAACCCUUUUGGCAUGUUUCUGGGAGGAACUGUGGUGACUCUGGUGUUCAUGGGUUCUGUAUGGGCAGGGGAGAAUCAAGCCACCAUCAAGAACUUCAAAAGGAAGAACCCCACUCUGUUUGUCAUGGCUGUCAUGGUCACCAGUUACUUCCUGCUGUCGCUGUGCGGUGGCAUCAUGGUCUUUAUCUUCGGCAUCACCUUCCCUUUACUGCUCAUCCUAAUCCACGCCUCCCUGAGACUGCGCAACAUGAAGAAUCGAUUGGAGAACAAGAUGGAAGGUGUUGGGUUGAAGAAGACUCCUAUGGGCAUCAUCAUGGAUCUCCUAGAUCAGCAGGAGGAGCGAGUAAACAAGAUUCAGGAUUUCAUCGAGAGCAAACUGAAGGAGUAGGAUUGUAGCAAAGAGAGAUCUUUUCCAUCACCGUAUAUGUUACAAUCUAGGUGUAAUUUACCCUGACUAUUCAUAGAGAGUAGACAUUUGUAUGUUUUUGCCUCCCAUCUUCUCCUUUUUGCUUUGUAUACAUGUAUAUGAAGACACUCCCUCGUACAGACACUUUGCAUACUGUAAAUCACAAUUGACAGACAAAAAGCACCAAAGGUAUUUUGCAUGAACUCUUUCAGCAUUCCCAUGUUGAACAUGUUAAUAACCCACCACACGUACAUUAUGCCCUUGCUGACAUUGCACUUUGUUCACACAUAGCCUGGGUCUUUCCUCGACCAAAAUAAGACAUAAUAUCUAAAUAAAUCUUGAGUGCAAUUGUAAAACUACAGUUUGUUUUCUUGAAAGUAAAUCACAUGCUUUUACCUUGCUACCUCAUUAUACGUGACGCAAGCUUUUAUUUCUGAACCAUAUUUACCAAAAAAAAAAGUAAAAUCCACAGCUUUCCUGAACAGAAAAACUUCCAUCUUGUCACUCCAGGACCCUUAUGAAUACUGAUCCAAGAUCAGUAUUCUGGUGUACAUGUGUUGUCACUAAUAGUCCUGUGUAUAAAUAGAAUUACUUUUCACACAGCGUGACUAUGUGCUGAAAGCACAGGCUGGCCUGAGCGCAUCGCCUUUGAUCGCUGCUAUGCAAAUGAAAAGGAAUGGCACUUUAAGCUUUCUUCUACUAUAGUAUGUACUGUAUAUGUUUGCUGUAGGCAUGUAUUAUAUUUGUGACAUGAUUAAAAUAACUUUAGGAUGCACAAAAUGACGAAUUUAACAGAAAUAUUAUCCUUGUUUUUUAUUUGUCAAUCGUGGAUCAGUAACAUCCUGUAUCACUAUUCUCCAUUAUAACAGAAACCUUUUCUAUGUAAAAGAAACAUGCUUGUAUCUGUAGUGUUCCUUUUAUACUGCUAACUCUUAAGCAGAUGUUCCCUGAAGCUUUUCUCUCUCGCACACUGACUGCACAUUUUGUGCAUGAAGGCGGGUCGGAAGGUGACUGGAUAGAUGCUAUGUUACGUUUUAUGUCAUCAAUGUUUUAUGUGAUUUUUUUCAGUCAUCAAUAGUGAUGAUGUGAUCGCAGAGUCAAAAAUAAAACAUGGUCGUAUCCUAUGCUAUUAAUAAAGUUAACCCAGUUCA